CCUGUCAAACUGUGCGUUUGACGAAGUCUGACGUAGGUGAUAAUAUAAAUUUCGUAUAUUUAAAAAUGAUAAUUUUCUAAACGUAUGAAAAAGUGUUUCCUUCGGCGUAACUUGCAUUUUCGUCGUAAAGAUGUCCUAAUUAUAAAUUAAUCAAAGUAUCAAAUUUCAUAUAACAAACAUGCAAAUGAGAAUAACGAUUACAAAUAAUAUAAUAACAGGAAAAGUACCAAGAAUAAUAAAAUAAUAUUUAAUCUAAUAUUGAAAAAAGAACAAAGAAGAUAUUAUUUAAAAAUAUCUUUUUAAUAACUUCUUGACGGUACAUUAAAAAUUAAACUUCGAAAGAUUCAAAAUGAAUACAACAAUGACUUAUUGUCCUCCAAACAUAACAUUUAACGAGAUUUGGGUAGAUCAUGGAGUGUCAAAAUGUUUCAUGGAUACUAUCAGUACUACAGUGAUUUCAUUGUUUCUAUUGAUUUUUGGUACAAUACAACUUUGGACGUACAGAAAGUAUGGGACAGAAAUUACUACAGCUUUGUUACCCAAAAGUAAAUUAUAUGUUAUACAAAAAAUUCUUCUAUACUUUGUUCCAAUGCUUAGUAUAAUAAGAAUAAUUCUACAAGGAACAGUUUUAGAUGACAAAAGAGUCUAUGGCUACAUGAUUGUCACAACAGUAUUAACUGUAAUUGUUUAUCCAUAUUCCGUGUACAUAUUGCGAGUAGAAAGGCACAAUCUGUUACCAAGUGUGCCAACACGUUGUCAUGGUCUUGUUUUGUUGAGCUUUUGGACUUUAGCAUUUGCUACUGAAAAUCUUGUCUUUAUUAACAUUGGAAAACUUGAAUGGUGGUUUCAUUUAAAUACAUUGACGGACCAAAUUGAGAUGGUACUAUUCGUUUUACGUUACAUGAGCAAUCUUAUCAUCUUUGCCUUGGGACUUAAAGCUCCAGGAAUACCUGGAAAUACAGAUGGUGAAUAUCAUAUUUUUAAUGAUGGCUCAACUACACGAUCAAGAUAUUAUCAAGGUAGACCCGAUGAUACCAGUUCUGCAUGGAAGAAUGCUUGGUAUAAGAUAAAAGUUUUCGCACCAUUUUUAUGGCCUGAAAAAAGUUUUAUGCUUCAACUAAGAGUUUUGUUUUGCUUUGUAUUACUCAUAUUAGGACGUGUCAUAAACUUGUACGUCCAAAUUUAUAAUGGAAAAAUUGUGGACAGUAUUAAAGAAACUCCUAUAACAUUCAGGUGGGACCUUAUUUUAACAUAUGUAGUAUUCAAAUUCUUGCAAGGUGGAGGCACAGGUGGCAUGGGAUUACUGAAUAAUCUAAGAUCAUUCUUAUGGAUUCGUAUUCAACAAUAUUCAACUCGGGAAAUUGAAGUUGAAUUGUUCAGGCAUUUACAUAGUUUAAGUUUACGCUGGCAUCUUGAAAGGAAAACUGGUGAAGUUUUGAGAGUUAUGGAUCGUGGGACAGACUCUAUAAACAACUUAUUAAAUUACAUUCUUUUCUCCAUUGUACCAACAAUCGUUGACAUUAUUGUGGCCAUUGUAUUUUUCGUUUGUACCUUCAAUAAGUGGUUUGGUUUAAUUGUAUUCAUAACUAUGGCACUUUACAUAGCUGCUACAAUUAUGGUUACUGAAUGGCGUACUAAGUUCCAAAGGCGUAUGAACUUGGCAGAUAAUGCUCAAAGAGCACGAAGUGUCGAUAGUUUAAUUAAUUUUGAAACAGUUAAAUAUUAUGGAGCAGAAGCAUACGAAGUGAAUAGUUAUAAAAAAUCAAUAUUAGAAUUCCAAAUAGAAGAAUGGAAAACAAUAAUUACGUUAAAUAUUUUAAAUACUUUACAAAAUGUAAUUGUUUGUAGUGGUUUGUUGGCUGGGUCUUUACUUUGCUUGCACAUGGUUGUGAAUAAUCAAGGUUUAACACUUGGUGAUUAUGUUUUAUUCACAAGUUACAUUGUUCAACUUUAUGUGCCAUUAAAUUGGUUUGGAACAUAUUAUCGGGCUAUACAAAAGAAUUUUGUCGACAUGGAUAACAUGUUUGAUCUUCUUAGAGAAAAACAAGAAGUAAUUGAUGCUCCAGGUGCUGGACCAUUAAUAGUAAAACGUGGUCAGGUGGAAUUCUCGAAUGUGUCGUUUAGUUAUACUCCCGAGAAAAUUAUAUUAAAAAAUAUUAGCUUUGUUGCUCCAGCAGGAAAAACUGUAGCUCUGGUUGGACCUUCUGGAGCUGGAAAAUCGACUAUUAUGCGGUUGUUAUUCAGAUUUUAUGAUGUAGAAUAUGGUGCGAUUUUUAUAGAUGGACAGAAUGUUAAAACAGUUAAACAAGAUUCCUUAAGACGUGCAAUAGGUGUUGUACCUCAAGAUACAGUAUUGUUUAAUAACACCGUGAAAUAUAAUAUUCAAUAUGGUCGCACCGAAGCUGUAGAUGCAGAUGUAAUAGCGGCAGCUAAAAACGCAGACAUUCAUGAUCGAAUUCUUUCAUUUCCAAAUGGUUAUGAAUCACAAGUUGGUGAAAGAGGACUUCGUUUAAGUGGAGGUGAAAAACAACGCGUUGCUAUUGCGCGUACAUUAUUGAAGGAACCAGCAAUUGUGCUUUUAGAUGAAGCAACAAGUGCACUUGAUACUCAGACAGAGCGUAACAUUCAAGCAGCGUUAAGCAGAGUUUGUGUUAAUCGAACUACUAUUAUCAUAGCACACAGAUUAUCCACAAUAAUACACGCUGAUGAAAUUCUCGUCUUGAAAGAAGGAGAAAUUGUAGAAAGAGGCAAACACGAAGAACUCAUUUCUUAUAAUGGAGUAUAUCAUUCCAUGUGGCAAGCACAGCUACAGAAUAAUCAAGAGUCUAAUGAAACAUUAAAUGGUAACAUUAGUCAAGAACCCGAUGUAACAUCAUCUUAAAUGCUUUCUGGAAGAAAGAGACCUCAUUUGUUGAGUAUAAUAAUCAUAAUAAAAAGAAGUGUGUACCUGUUCCUAUACAUGAAUAUCUUAUUGAAGAGUACCACAAAUUAUAAAUUUUUAGAAUGUGAUCCGAUUUUAUUAAACGAUAUACAUUUGUCGUUUAAAUGUUCUUGUUAAUUACAUUUUAUUUAUUAAAAUAUUUGAUUUCUUGUUAACAUUCACAGAGAAAUAAAAAUGCGAUAAUAACUAA